UUCCCCCACCCGUCUGCGUCCUUCUUCCUCCUCCUCCAUUGCGCUGUUAUCGGCUAGUGGUGGCGGUACGGGGAGGCGUAGCGGCGGCAGAUAGACAGGCAGGAAGGCAAGCAGGCAGGCGGGGAUCCGGUGUGUUCCACAGUGGGAUGAGCGCGGUUACCGAGAGCCGGGCCGGAUGAGUUACAAACACUGCAUCCCUUGAAUUUGCGAGGGUAGUUCGCGGCGCAACGACAUAUUGUAACAUUUGUUAUUGUUGUCUGUAUUAUAAUAGCCUGCAUCUACUAGCUUAGCUCUGAUUUCAUACUUCCACCACGGUGGGGAAGGGAAGGAGGAGUCCAGCCAGGUUUCGGUAGGAGGCGGAUGUUUUAUGUCACUUUUUUUCGUCUGGCUCAUUCACGAAGAUAAACAGAGAUAUAUUAAAAUUUUUGAAGUCUUUUUGUUGUUGUUGUUGCGCUGAGUGAGCGAAGAUGUCGGGGCAGAGCAUUACGGACCGGAUAACGGCAGCCCAGCACAGUGUGACGGGAUCUGCUGUGUCGAAAACAGUAUGCAAGGCCACCACUCACGAAAUAAUGGGCCCGAAAAAGAAGCAUCUGGACUACUUGAUCCACUGCACUAAUGAGAUGAACGUGAACAUUCCCCAACUGGCCGACUCACUGUUUGAGAGGACCACCAACACCAGCUGGGUGGUUGUGUUCAAGUCACUGAUCACUACGCACCACCUCAUGGUGUAUGGCAACGAGCGCUUUGUGCAGUACUUGGCUUCAAGAAACACACUGUUUAACCUCAGUAAUUUCUUGGACAAAAGUGGCCUGCAAGGGUACGACAUGUCCACCUUUAUCCGGAGGUAUAGUCGCUACCUCAAUGAGAAAGCCGUUUCAUACAGACAGGUUGCCUUUGACUUCACCAAAGUUAAGCGAGGAGUGGAUGGCGUCAUGAGGACCAUGAAUACAGAGAAGCUGCUCAAGACUAUCCCCAUUAUUCAGAACCAGAUGGACGCUCUCCUCGAUUUCAAUGUCAAUGCCAAUGAGCUGACUAAUGGAGUCAUCAAUGCAGCUUUCAUGCUCCUUUUCAAAGACUCCAUCAGGCUCUUUGCCGCCUAUAACGAAGGCAUCAUCAACUUGCUCGAGAAAUACUUUGACAUGAAGAAGACCCAGUGCAAAGAAGGUCUGGAUAUUUACAAGAAAUUCCUCACCCGAAUGACCCGAAUAUCAGAGUUCCUCAAAGUAGCCGAGCAGGUGGGCAUUGACCGAGGAGACAUUCCAGACCUAUCCCAGUUCACAGUCUGUGCUCCCAGCAGCCUUCUGGAAGCUCUGGAGCAGCACUUGGCGUCUUUAGAGGGCAAGAAGGUCAAAGACUCUACUGCAGCCAGCAGGGCCAGCACUCUGUCGAAUGCCGUGUCGUCGUUGGCGAGCACGGGAAUGUCUUUCACUAAAGUGGACGAGCGGGAGAAGCAGGCAGCCCUCGAAGAAGAGCAGGCCCGUCUUAAAGCGCUUAAGGAACAGAGGCUCAAAGAGCUCUCCAAAAGGCCCUCCUUUGCCACCACUGAUACGUCGCCCAUCUCCACCACCGGGGGCACCAUUAGCACGGCACCAGCUAUCGAUCUCUUCUCUACACCCAGCUGUUCCAAUGGCACAGUGAAAAUGGAGAGCGACCUCUUUGACCUCCAGUCAACGUUCCAGCCCUCCAUGCAGUCCGCCUCGUCAGGGCUUCCCGUGGCAACCGCGUGGGCAGAUCCUUUCACCUCCGCAGAAGCUGGAGACGACUCCAUGCCAAACCUUAACCCUUUCCUCUCAAAACUCGUUGUCGAUGCCUCUCACUUACCUGUCGUGUCUUCAGACGGUGUUAGCUUUUCCACUAGGACAUCUGCUCAUGAAAUGUUUGGUGAUCGUUACAAUCCCUUUAUUGACACAAACUCGUCUGUUUCAACCAAUUACAAAUGCACAGUGCGGCUAGAACACUCCAUCUCAGACUCCUUCUGUGGUCCAGUGUCCAUAGCCCAGCACCUCCCACACCAGGCUCCCUUCCCCACAGAGCCCUCUACUGUAGCUGGUCUAUUCAGAGGAUACUCAACGCCUCAGCCCCCUCCCCAGCCACCUGCAGGAGGUCUUCAAGUGGACUUUGAGUCCGUUUUUGGAACAAAAGCUACAGGCAGCAACAGUCACAAUGUCGAUGACAUCCUGAAACCGACUCUUGCCGGCUCCAACCAGCCGUCCAAUCAGCAGCCAGAGAAGCUAGUGUCGGAUGACCUUGACUCCUCCCUGGCCAACCUUGUCGGCAACCUCGGCAUCGGCAAUGGCACGAUGAAGAAUGACAUUCACUGGAGUCAGCCCGGCGAGAAGAGGAUGACUGGCGGCACCAACUGGCAACCCAAAGCGGCACCGUCAACAACCUGGAACCCAGUCUCCAUGCCGCCAUCCAUCAUGGCCUUCCCUGCCACCACGCCCACAGGCAUGAUGGGAUAUGGCAUGCCUCCACAAAUGGGCUCAAUGGGCAUGAUGAAUCCGCCCACCAUGAUGUACGGCCAACCUGUGAUGAGGGCGCCCAACCCUUUUGGCUCUGUAUCCAGUACUCAGCCCUCGGCAGCCUCUAGUCCUUCCAGCCAGAGUCCACUCCGAGCCCCUGGACAGGACCCGUUUGCACACCUCUCUCUCAAGGAUUUCUUGUAGAGCGUCUCUUUAGACGCAGUUCAUGUAAUUUUGAGGAGCUCAUCUCUCGGGAAGAUGAAGCACUUAGCAGCAAAAAGCUUUGUCCUCGUUGCAGUCCAACAACUCUUCAGAGAGAGACAUUCACCCCCACCACCUCUACACCCGCCACCCCCUCCGCAAAUAACUGAUCACGUCAAGAACCACCACCGUGACGGCGCAGCGGCUGUCAGAAACUAUGGUAACAAUGUCAAAAGAAAAAUGACGUUUUGCUCGCACACACACACACACACACACACACCAUAUUCUGUAUCCUGUCCCCCGAGACGUGGAACGAUGCUGCUGUCUGACCCCUUAAAGAGGAUUCCUUCUACAUUUUACAGUGUCAUCUGUAAGAUAAAGAUAGUACUGGCUGCUGAGAGCCUUUCUUUGAUGUUAUGUAUUUGGUUAAAAAAAAAUACAAGAAACUGUGGUUGGAUGUUGAGCGAGAGGGGGGGGGGGGGGGGGUAGUUGUAGGAGGGCAAUGGCGACCUUACCUUUUCUCUACGCCAUCGAUCGUCAGUCACCCCGCAGUUAUCACCAUCACCGAGUAGUGAUGCUAAUGACGUUUACACCUGUUUAGUUUUUGUCUUUUUUACCGUGUUUACAGUAGACAUUCCCUGUGUGUUUGUAUUUAUUUAUGAUUAUUGGUUUAAGAUGGAGGGGGUGGGGGAGGGGGCUGAAUCUAUUGUAAAAUCAAACCGUACAUAAUGAGCAUUGAACACGCGUGGGAGUGCUUAAGCAUUAAACAUGGACUAUCAUUAAGAGGUAGUGACAAAUAGCUAUUAUAUAAAUGACACCUAUUAAGCUGAAUGAUAGAGCACUAAAUAUUCUGAGUUUGUGUUAAUUUCUUUUUUUUUUUAAUUAUUAUUAUUACUAGAAGAAAAAAAAUCACAGCCACCACUGUACUGUGAGUGCAGGGUUUCCAUUAAGAGUCACUAAGAGUACAUUCUGUGCCUAUAGGGGUCUUUUUUUUUUCUUUUUUCUUUUUUUUUUUGGUUUGUUUGCAAGUGAUCAGUUGAAUAACACUUCAUGCACCAUCCAGACGGCGGCAAGCUCCAUUUGCUUUAAAGCUCGGCAUGCCAUCGACU